AUGGAAAGUAGUGCGAAAAUAAAGGAAUUAGAAGGAAAGAUAAAAGUGUAUGAAGAUGAAAUCCUUAAAAAGGAUGAGUUAAUUCAAAAAUUAUCCAGUAUGGAUAUUGAUCAAGUUAAAUCUACUGAACAGAAACUUACUGAUCAUAGUAAUAGUAUAGAACAUGAACAAUAUCAACAGACAAGUAUAAAACGUGAAGAACUUGCAACAUUACGAAGCAAGGUUGGACAAUUAUGUGAAAAAACAUUAAAUCAAGAAAGUGAAUUAAAAGCAAAAUCAACACUGUUAACUAAAGCGGAAACAGAUAUUGUCAAGUUAACCCAUAAAAACAAUGAAUUAAUAUCUGAAAAUGAAAAAUUAAAAAAACAAUUAAAUGAUUAUACAACAAGCAUUAAUACAAAAAUUACUGAAUAUGAAAUAUGCAAUAAAAAAUUGAAUGAAUCAAAUCAAUUAUUGAAAAGUGAACAAGACAAGAUAGAUGAAUUGAAAAAGCGUUUAAAUAAACAGAUAGAAGAAAAAGAGAAAUCCAAUUAUCAACUUGAACAAAAUGAGAAACGGUUACAAAAUUUCAUUACAAAAAUGAUUCAUAUAUUUGAUACAUUUUUACAAAAUGAUGAACAUUUAAUUAUUGAUUGGAAAGAUGAAAAAAAUUUAGAAGAUUUAAUAAUUAAAGCUAAAGAUGUCGUUAAUGAAAAUUUAAAAAAUAAAGGACAUAUUCAAGAUUUAUUAGAUCGAUUAAAACAACAUGAAAAUGAAAAUGCUGAUCACAAAAGUAGCAUGAAUCGUUUAGGUGAAUUAUUAACUAAAAAUGAUUGUUAUGAACAAGAAAACAGAAAACUAAAUCAGGAAUUAGAAAAUAUUCGACGUAAUGAAAAAGCUUUGGAAGAACGAAUUCGUGUAUUGACUAAAGAAUUAAUUGAUUCUCAGUUACAUAUAAGAGAAUUAGAUAAACAGUUACAAGAUACAAUGAGUAAAAACGAGAAACUACAUUGGAGUAAUCAAAAUAAAUAUGAAGAAGAUAAUUUAUUAUUUCGAAAUUCAUUGGCUUCAUUGCUAUCGUAUAAUAAUUUCCAAUGUAAUCCAACUGAAAUAUCAAUCAAAGAAAGUAUUAGAAAGUUUAUAAGUGAAUUACAGGAACAAAAAGAUUUGUAUUCAAGACUUGAAAUUCGUUUAUCAGACACAUUAAGACGUUUAGAUCAUUCACAAGCUUCUAAACACGAAGUGGAACGUAUGUUAGAGAAAACGGAACGGGAAUGUUUUGAUCUGCGUGAACAGGUUAGACGUCUAGAAACAGAUUUGAUAAAUUCUGAUUUGGUGAAGCAAGAACAACGCUCAGAUAAAUUAAAAAUUUUCUCGUAUCUCUGUAAACUUGCAGCAAAAGUGAGAAUAGAUGAAAAAGUUGCUUCAGGAAUGCGAUUUGACGAAUUACAAGAAGUUCUUUUGACAAGAAUCGGACAAAUAAUUAGUGGUGAAUACACUAUGCUAAGUGACGUUCAAGCUAACGCUGAUCGUAUAAAUGGUUUAAAUCGUAAAGUGAAAAGAUUACAAGAUCAACUAGCAAGUAGAGAAAUACAAUUAGGUUUGUGGAAAGAGAAAGCUAGUAAAUUAGAAGAUCAAUUGUCCGGUAUAAAUGAAACUGAAAUGAAAGCUCAUGCAAAUAAAAUUGCAGCGGAGAAAUCAGCUAUCAAUGCUAGACGAUCAGAAUUAGAAGUGUCAAGAUUAAAAGAUGAGUUAACUCGUUUAAAAGCGGAACUAUUAGAUUUUAGUGACGCUAAAAUUAGUGUAGUUAAAUGUGAAGAACAACUGGCCGAGCUAACUAAACAAAACAGAGAACUGGAAAGUAUACGUCAAAGUCAAGCAAAUAAAAUUGCUGAGUUAACAGAAAAAAUGGAAUUGCAAACAAAUGAGGAUAGUGAUAACCGUAGUCGAUUAGAAGAAGAAUGUAAAUGUUUAAUGAAUGAAUUACAAUCAACUAGAAAGUCAAUGGAACAACUUCAACGUUCUGAAAGAGAGCUUCUGGAAUUCAGAGCACUUGUUGGUCGUCUUCUUGGUUUAGAUACAGAAUUAUUAACAGUACCUAAUUAUGAUAUUAUCAGUCGUUUAGAAACAAUAAUUACACAUAAUCAAUUUAUUCAUGAUAAUUCCAUGUUGUCACAUAUGAACGAUGCACAUUCACCGAAUAGAAAAUCAAGUUCAUUGACUAAAGAUACAGGCUUACAACGAAAUACAACGGCAGAUUGUUACAUGGCCGGACCACAUACAGCUAAAACAAGAUCUAAACAAGCUUGGACUAAUACUUGUGAAGAUUGUUCAAAAUCAUGUAAUCGUUCAGUGAGAGAUUCAUUAGAAAAGUACAGGGAAAAAUGUCAUCCAUCUGAAUCAAUAAAACACGAUCCAAGAAAGUAUUAG